UUCAUAAUUAAUUCGAAAGUCAAUACGACUGGAACAGCAAUUAAAAAAAAAAUAGGAAAACAAAAUUUUUUAAAUAUGAAUUUUAAAAUUCCUCCUUUAUACCUCUGUGCAAUUUUAAUCCUAAUUGGAGUCCUUAAAUUGGCUCAAGCAGAAAUUUUCAAUGUCGAGGACAUCACCAUAGAGACCAAGACGAGCAACUUUCGCUGCGAUCGCAUUGUCUGCCCCCAAAAUACCCACCGGUGUGUGGUCACAAAAACCUCCAGAUCUAAGGAUUUGUCCCGAGUGAAGCGUAGAAACAUUUGCUAUUCCCGUGACAAGGAAAUUUUGCAAAAAUCAAAAAACUAUGAACAUGUCAAGGGUGGUAGUGGUGGUGGAAAGCCCAUUUAUUUCCGCUUGGAUGUUGAACACAGUGGUAAAGUGAAUGUUCUGACCUGGGAUAAGCCGAAGAAGACUUCAAGAAAUUUGGAGAAAAUUAAAGAAAAUAUGAUUCAGAAAAUUAAGGAGUUAAAGAACAAUUUGUAAAGGUUAGAUGGAGAAGAGAGAAAAAAAACCAGGAGGCUAGAAGCAGAAGAGAGGAGGAUCUAUUUAAAAUAAAAAUGAAAGAU